AACCUCUCUUCACAAUCAAACCCAUUGAAGUGUUUUGAUUUUUGAUUAUUAAACUUUCAUACCAGAGAGAGAUGGAAUGUCCUCCAGGGAAGAGUUCGUGGCCGGAGCUGGUCGGAACCAAAGGUGAAGUUGCAGAGGGUAUUAUAGAGAGAGAGAACAUCAAUGUCAAUGCGAUUGUGGUGCCGGAAGGAAGUUCUGUGAUUCUGGAUUUCAGGUGUGACAGGGUCUGGGUUUGGGUUAAUAAGGAUGGGGUGGUGUAUCGUGUUCCAAGGAUUGGAUAAGCUAAUAUAUAUAUAUAUAUAUAUAUAGCCACCAUGCAUGUGUACUUGUUGUAAGAUAUAUAUCUACGUACCCACACUCUGUACAAUAAACUAUCAACAUGACCAGCUCAUAUAUACUCAAUAUGGGUAAAUUAAAUAAGUUGUUGAAUAAAUAAGUAUUUUGAAUGUUUAUGUGUUUGUUGUGGUU